UAUGAAAGUUUGAAGGAAAAGGAAUAUUUUUCACAAUUUGAAUUGAGGAAAAUAACGAAAGAGCACAGAGUAAAAAAAUUAGUGCACUAAUUUGGAAGAAUUAAAGAAAAUUUACAAUUGAAAUUGUCUCCAUGUGGAUUAUAAUAGUCAAGCUGGCUGCAGAGUCUUUUUUCCAUAACGGAUCACGGCACAUGGUUUAUGACUAGACGAGAAGAGUGAGGAAGAUUCGACCGGUUACCGAGGGGAAAAAUAUGCACAUCAUCUAGCGCACCAAAAUGUCGCAUUUGUAAAAAUCGACAUUACCUUAAAAAUUGCCCAGAGUUCCAGCGCAUGUUCGUGGCCAAAAGACGAGACGUAAUAAGAGAAAAGGGCUUCUGUUACAACUGCCUUGGCACAGCUCACACCCGGAACUGGUGCCCAUCCAGAAGCAAAUGCAUGGUGUGCCAGCUUAACCACCAUACCAUGGUUCACGUGGCUAAAUCACCCAACCCUAAGGCGGCAAGUCAACCCAGGGAAUCAUCCAACACUCACGAGUACCACCGAAGCCGAACUAGCUCCCAUAAACCAUCAUCAUCACGGACCAAAAAACAAUCGAACAAUAGGCAACGAAGUUCACCACAAAACAAGAGAACCAGCAACCAUAAGCCGCACUUUAAAGAACGGUUGAGCCGACGUUCUAGAGUUCAUGUGUUUUUGCCUACGGCUCUAGCUCGUGUUCGAACCUCUGAAGGCCCGGCAAAGGCCAGAUUACUACUGAGUUCAGGCGAAGUUCAGACGGUGAUACUCCAGGCCCUGGUAGACAGAUUGAAUCUUCAAACGAUAAAAAGGGACAGUAAGACUUACUGUACCCUAAAUUUAGAAUCUUACCAUGAUCCGAUGGUAAAAAUUCAAGUAACCGGCCUUGUUCACUCCCGUUUCCAUACAACUCUUCCAACAACUACAACGGCAGCAAAACUUCGUACAAUUUAUGACACCCUGCAUGACUUAGCCGAUCCACACUUCUGCAAUCCAUCAAAUGUCGAAAUUCUGCUGGCCAACGAUAAUUUACCAAAAAUAUUAAGAGCUGGAAUGAUUCAAACGUCCUCAAAUAUGCCGAUAGCUCAAAGCACCAUCUUUGGGUGGAUCAUCUCUGGAGCUUGCCAUUAUUAAAUUGCAUUCCUGCAAGGCGGGCGGCAUGUUGAACCCAGUUCAACAACAAUCUUUGCCGUUCUCCAAAAUCUGCCCCAUUUUAGUCAUAAGAACAUGAAUUAAAUGAAAUUAUUAAAAUAUGAACUUUUUCAUGACCCUUAACAUAAAUACCAAUAUAUGAAUUAAUAUUUGCAAUAUGGC